AUGGAUCACUCCCACAUGGACCACGGCAACAUGGGCGACAUGCCCGGCCACGGCGGCCACAAUAUGCCCUCGCAUGGGGACAUGUGCAGCAUGAGCAUGCUCUUCACCUGGGACACGACCAACCUCUGCAUCGUCUUCAAGCAAUGGCACAUCCGCUCCACCGCCGGUCUCCUCUUCAGUCUUAUCGCUGUCGUCCUUAUCGGGAUGGGGUACGAAGCCCUGCGCGCGGGCACGCGCCGAUACGAGGUUAUCAUGGACCGGAGGAUAGACUCCACACCGAGCGACAUCAUUACUGAGACUACGCCGCUGGCGUGGGCGAUAGGGCAGAACAAGGCGCAGGUGAACAAGAGGACGCACUUGGUCAAGGCAGCUCUGUACGCCUUGCAGACGUUUUAUGCCUUUAUGUUGAUGUUGAUUUUCAUGACCUACAACGGAUGGGUGAUGGUCGCCGUCACCGUAGGCGCGUUCCUGGGCUACUUAGUGUUUGGGGCACACACGCCUGUCAACAAGGAGACGCAAUGCCAUUGA